GUCUGGUUGAGGAAAAGGGAGUUAGCAAAGGAGGAGCCGAUAAGUAUGAAGUAACGAGUAUGAAGCAGAAGUAUGAAGAAACGAGGGGAGUGUGUUGUGGAAAAAGAGGAUUUCAAGGAAGGAGGGUUACCUGUAUCAGAGGCUCAAUAAAUGAGUGUCAGCUGCCCCGUGAUGAAGCAAUGCCAAGUGAAAUAGUGCUCUGGAAGCUGGAAGACCAUUUCAGCAUCUCUACAAAUUGUCCCUGUAAGCUUAGAGUUGUUAAGGCGAAAGAGAGAAAGGACCAUAAAGCUUCUUUUAAGUAUCAAAUGAGAUUAUGGCCGAAAACGCAUUCUGUAAGCCGCCCAGUCCUGUGAUAACGUCACUGUUGGGUUUUUAUUAAUGAGCUGGCGAUUAGAAUUAAGACCACCGGUGAGGGAGAGAGCAUAAGACGUACAGAAAGAGUUGUCAAGAAGGAAAUUUCAUAAUGAAGAAAACUCCUGAGAGCUUGCGUCAAAACCAGGCUUGGGGUUAGGCGAGAGAUACGGGAGCAAUGCUGCGCUUCAUUUAGAAUUUAACCCUGCGGCGAUAACAGUAAGAAAAACAGGGCGGAUGGAAAACUCAAAGCUGAGAAGGAGGAAGUCCGGCCCCAAACGUGAGAUUUCUCUGACUCCGCCUCCCUCCUCCACGGGCCAAUCAGGAUCCAGGACGGAGAAAGAGGGCGGAGCCUGAGGUCCGUUAAUAUCCGCUAAGCCCCGUUCAGUUAUUCAUUUGAUUCCUUUCCCUCCAAGGGUUUACUGUUGCUGCUCCCACAAAACUUUGGGAGGGCAUACCACUUUGGAAAAAGCUCUGGCAGUUUCAUAUAAAAGUAAAUGUGUACCUGUUCGAUGACUCAGCAGUUUCUCACCAAGACCUCCGGAGGCGGUGGAGAUGCUGUCGGGCACCCAGGCAGCGCCAGUGGAAUUCGAGGACGCAGAGCUGCGGUGUCGCGUGGCUGUGGAGGAGCUGAGCCCCAGCGGGCAGCCGCGAAAGCGCCAGGCCCUACGCACCGCGGAGCUGAGCCUGGGACGAAAUGAGCGCCGCGAGUUGCUGCUGCGGCUGCAAGCGCCUGGGCCCGCGGGGCGGCCGCGCUGCUUCCCUCUGAGGGCGGCGCGCCUCUUCACGCGCUUCGCAGCGGCCGGGCGCAGCACACUACGGCUCCCACUCGACAGCGCUCCCCGCGCGGGCGCUGUGCAGCUGCUGCUCUCCGACUGCCCCCCCGACCGCCUGCGACGCUUCUUGCGCACGCUGCGUCUCAAGCUGGCCGCAGCCCCGGGCCCCGGACCGGCCUCCGCCCGCGCACAGCUGCUUGGCCCGCGGCCCCGAGACUUCGUCACCAUCAGCCCAGUGCAGCCGGAGGAGUUGCGGCGCGCGGCGCCCACCGGCGUCCCGCACGCCACGCCCGUGAAGCGGCCGAGGGAACUCCGGGCGAGAUCUGAGCCCAGCAACGAAGCCCCAAAGUGGCCCUUGCCUGUGAAGAGGCUGAGCUUGCCCCCGAGCAAACCACAGCUUUCUGAAGAACAGGCUGCUGUGCUGAGGGUUGUCCUGAAAGGCCAGAGCAUCUUCUUCACUGGGAGUGCAGGGACAGGGAAGUCUUAUCUGCUGAAGCGUAUCCUGGGCUUGCUGCCUCCCACAGGUACUGUGGCUACUGCCAGCACUGGGGUGGCAGCCUGCCACAUCGGGGGUACCACUCUCCAUGCCUUUGCAGGCAUCGGCUCAGGCCAGGCUCCUCUGGCCCAAUGUGUAGCCCUGGCUCAGCGGCCAGCUGUGCGGCAGGGCUGGCUGAACUGCCAGCGGCUAGUCAUUGAUGAGAUCUCCAUGGUGGAGGCCGACCUGUUUGACAAGCUGGAAGCCGUGGCCAGAGCUAUCCGGCAGCAGAACAAACCAUUUGGAGGGAUCCAGCUCAUCAUCUGUGGGGACUUCCUGCAGCUGCCACCUGUAACCAAGGGCUCCCAGCCCCCAAAGUUCUGCUUUCAGGCCAAGAGCUGGAGAAGAUGUGUCCCAGUGACCCUGGAGCUGACCGAGGUGUGGAGGCAGGCAGACCAGACCUUCAUCUCUCUGCUGCAGGCUGUCAGGCUGGGAAGGUGCUCAGAUGAAGUGACCCACCAGCUCCAGGCCACAGCCUCCCAUAAGGUGGGGCGAGAUGGGAUUGUGGCCACGAGGCUUUGCACUCACCAGGAUGAUGUGGCCCUCACCAAUGAGAGGCGACUGCAGGAACUGCCAGGUGAGGUACACAGCUUUAAGGCCAUGGACAGUGACCCCGAGCAAGCCCGAACCCUGGAUGCCCAUUGUCCUGUUAGCCAGAUCCUUCAACUAAAGCUGGGGGCCCAGGUGAUGUUGGUGAAGAAUUUAGCGGUGUCCCGAGGCCUGGUGAAUGGUGCCCGUGGGGUGGUUGUUGGGUUCGAGACAGAGGGGAGAGGGCUGCCCCAGGUGCGGUUCCUGUGUGGAGUCACCGAGGUCAUCCAUGCUGACCGCUGGACGGUGCAGGCCACUGGCGGCCAACUCCUCAGUCGGCAGCAGCUGCCCCUCCAGCUGGCCUGGGCAAUAUCUAUCCACAAGAGCCAGGGCAUGACCCUGGAUUGCGUGGAGAUCUCUCUGGGCCGAGUGUUUGCCAGUGGCCAGGCCUAUGUGGCCCUUUCCCGGGCCCGCAGCCUGCAGGGCCUGCGUGUGCUGGACUUUGAUCCCAUGGUGGUUCGCUGUGACCCUCGUGUGCUGAGCUUCUAUGCCACUCUGCAGAGGGGCAGGGGCCUCAAGAUGAAGUCUCCAAAUGAUGAUGAGGCAGCCUCAGACCAAGAGAAUGAGGACCCAAACCUUUGAGCCUCAAAGAGAAGACACAUGAUGGUCUCCCCUACUUCUUCCUCCCUAGUGGGCCAGGGCCUCUGAAGAUAACUUGGGGAAGAUAGUCAACCCUUUCUCCUUCGUUAGGGCUCUCAGCCUCCUGGUCUUUCCUGGUCCAGGUUCAAGGGAGACUACUUCUUACCCCUUUUCCAGCUCUGCCUCAGUUUCUCCCUUUGCCCUGGGUAAGCUACUUCCAGGGACAGGAGUAACCCUUUCUGUGCCAACUGGGAAAGGGCUUAUGGUGGCACCUGGUGUUACAGGACAAAGCUCUCUGCGAGGGCUACCCCAGGGCCACACGGUUGUGAAUGCUGCCCUCUUUGGGCUGCAGAGAGGAGAGGCAGUGAAGACAGGUGCUUCAGGAGCAGGAACAGGCUAUAACAGUCCUGAACUGGGAGACUCAGGCCAAAUACAGGCCCCACACAGAGAAAGGAACCUGGGGUUAUCAUCACAGGUAGGCCCAGGAUAGCACAAGCCAGGACACACACUCUCCUGAGCUUAACCUGAGAAGACACAAUGCAAACCAUGUGUCUGUUAUCUUAAGCUCCCUUUUUGGAGAAGAAAUCAUAUUUAGGGGUAUUGAGAUGGAUGUUCUCAGAUCGUAUUUAUUUAGGACAAAUAAACUUGUGAAUUGUGUAAGGA